ACUCUCUGGGUAGCAGCCAUUCGUGCGAGCUUUGCUAAGAGGACAAGAAGUCGUCUGCUUUGGUCUCCGCAGCUCUCGUGACGCUCUCUCAAGCCCAUCUCGUUUCGUAUUGUACAGUGCAAAGACAAAGAGAUACUUGGAUGAGUGCGUUUGAAUGCUGAGGCAUUCUGUUAGACAUUUUAUCCAUCUGUGACGUGUUUUUUCUAGUUUGAUUUUAUAUAACCAUUUUUAUCAUAAUAAGACGUUAUCAAGGAAAACUGAGAGAGGGGUCGCAAGCGCCCCGCUUAUCGUGGGCAACUUACAAUGGCUAGCUUUUCCCCCCCGUGGAGGGGGACUCUGUUUGCCCUCUCCCUAGUCUUCGUCGUGUUUCUCGCAACUUCAGAAGCCGGAAAGUCCAAGAACUUCAUUUUGAACGGGAGCUACAAUCCGCAGGAUCAACCACACCGACCAUCCCACUACCCGUCAGGAUCUGGAUACAGUAGGUACAGGAGGAACUUCCGGAGUGGCGAUGAGACAGGUCCACUAACGGGGUUUCCUGGAUUUUCAUCCCCAAGGAGAAGCUCCUUUAAUGCAAGGAAAGGAGGCCCAAGAGGUUUUGGAAGCAGCGGUGGGCCCUCUGGUGGAUUUCCAGUUCUUGGCGGUCCAGAGGCCUUCCUGGAGCCUGCCACCACAGAGAAAAGCGACUAUGAAGAAGUGCUUGACAUCCAGGGAUUCAAAUUUCCCGGCGUGGGGUUUGGGGGCUCUAGUUCUGCAAGUGCAAGCUUCGGAAGUGGGAGGGCAAGAACCACCAGAGGAAGGAAGGGCGGCGCGAAAGGAGGCAGUAAAGGUGGAGGCACAGACUUGGCGGGAUCAUUUUCAUUCGGAGGGAGUUCAGAAGGUGGUCUGCCGCUGCCCUUUGGUCAAGAACCACCAAUAAAAUUCCCGUUCACCGGACCAUCAGCAGCUGGCUUCUCAGGUUCAGCAGGAGCUAAAUUUAGCGGCUUUCCUGGUGGGUCACCAUUUGGCCUAGGCCAAGAUCCCGGUGGACUGCCCGGCCUAGAUCUUGGAGGUCCAACCAGCGCAGAGUUUGGUGGAUCCGCUUCAGCUUCCAGUUCCGGUUUUCGUGGCGUAAAGGGAGUGAAAGGACCAGGCUUCGGCGGGGGAUCGAGUCCUUACUUCGGUGGUUCCCCCGGAAGCUCCACUGCUAACCGAAAUCCAUUCGGUUUCCCUGCUCCAUCAAUCACUUCGUUUAGCGGGUCACUUCCCUCCGGAGGAUCAGCAUCGGCAGGCAACCCAUUUGGCACAGCAGAAUUUUCAUCGGCGGGGGGUGGAAGCGCCAUCUUCCCUCAGCCGGGGAAACCGUAUGACAUCAACAGCCUGUUUCCUCAGCCCAUUGACUCUGAGUCUCCAGUUGUGUUCCCCAACAAUCUUCCUUUCGAUAUCAGUGAAUUUGUCAAAAUAUUUGACACUGUGACCACCACACCCAAACCUCCCAACAGGGUGACAUCCUCUGAGGAUAUCAACAAGGUCUUCAGCAGCAGUCACGAAGAAGAGUAUGAUGCCGAAGAAGAAUUUUAUCCCGUGUUUGGAGAAGCCACGAGAAAAACGCCCGACAUAAGGAGAGGCUGCAUAUCGAAACCAGCAGCCCCUAAUAACGGCCGAGCCGAAUGUUCCAACUAUUCGGGUUGCAAAGCCGUUUGCAACAGGCGCUACCAGUUCCCUGGAGGCGAGAAGAGGCUCUUCCUGGAGUGCGACGAGGAGGACGGCGAGUGGAAAGUGGCCGGCGACCAGUGGGAGACGCUGCCAGAUUGCAUACCUAUCUGUCGGCCUCCAUGUCAGAACAGCGGAAUUUGCUUAGCUCCCGAUGUCUGUGACUGCCCGGACAACUGGGAAGGAGCCACCUGCGAGAUUCCAAAGUCCCCGGCCAAGAAGGAAUGCGCCUCCAAGCCUCCAACGCCCAUGAAUUCCAGGAUUCUCUGCAGCAAAGACGAGUGUAUAGCCCGUUGUUACGAAGAUUUCCAUUUCGAGGAAGGGGUCACCCGACUGACUUUCAAGUGCCUCGAUGGAGACUGGGUCAUCCCUAAUUCGCGAUGGACCGACACUCCUGAUUGUGAACCCAUCUGUGACCCUGCUUGCAUAAACGACGGCAGGUGCAUCGCUCCCAAUGUGUGUGAAUGUACUCAAGAAUUCAGAGGACCCAUUUGCCAAUAUCCCAUCAGUAACUGCGACCCCAAGAACCUCGGGUUCAACGGAGGCUACAACUGCACUGGCGAAGGGAUGGAAUUCGGCUGUGCCCUCUGGUGCCCCAAGGGCGUCAACUUUGAAUUCCCCCCCUCUGAUCUUUACAAGUGCGACUACGCCACCAGUGUAUGGACGCCCUCGCCCAUACCCAUGUGCGAUUACUCUUUCUUGUCUUUGUUAACUCCAGACCCCUUGGGAUUCCCGUCAAUUAAUGAGUUUGAAAUGAUCCCAUUGCCGCUUGGGCCCAAAAAGUCCCCGGGCUCCUGUGUCACCUGGUCUGGCUCUCAUUACAAGACCUUCGAUGGAAAAAUAUACAGCUUUGGAAGUUCUUGCCCCUACACCCUCGUGCAGGAUCCCACUCAUGGAACUUUCAGUAUCAAUAUCAAGACUGUUGAAGGAUGCGAAGGACAUUCCUGCCAAAAGGAGAUUCAUAUCUUCCUGGAGGACGACCAGUACAUCCUCCAAGCAACAGAGUCGGGUCACCCAAGCUUGGCCUAUCAUGACACCAGUCUAGCCAUCCCUGGGCAGAUGAACGGGGUCGUCUCCGAGCGAGUGGCUCACUUUGUUGUGAUAAAGGUGAACGACCUCGGCCUCACUAUCAAAUGGGACAUGCAGACUUUGGUGAUAGUCGAAAUAAGUGAGCUCCUCUGGAACCGAACGAGCGGUCUUUGUGGACGGCGGGACGCCAACAAAGAGAACGACUGGAGUUACUCCGACGGAACCCCCGAGACCAAGAUCUCGAACUUCCUGCAGGCGUGGCAGGCGAAGACCCUCGAAGAUCGUUGCCUGGAAUCGCCCCUGGUGAAAUCCCCUUGCAGUCGUCACUCGGUGUCCUCAGCCACCACUUUCUGUGACAGACUCAAAGAUGACCCCAGAUUCGACAUCUGUCGUGAGGUCGUUGAAGUGGAGCCAUACCUGAGCGCUUGCCGGUGGGACUACUGCAGCUGCGAAGGCAAAGACUCCGAAACCUGCGCUUGUGAGACCUUCUCCGCCUACUUCAAGGAGUGCGCCCGCUAUGGGGUGGAGAUUCCAGGGGGAUGGAGAUCGUCUGAUCUAUGCCCCAUGGUGUGCCAACACGGAAAAGUCUACAACCCCUGCAUGUCAGCCGUCCAGCCUCGCUGUGGGCAGCCUUCCGACAGCGUUCGCCCAGAAUUUUGCGUGGAGGGUUGUGACUGCACUGGAGAUCUCGUUCUUCACGAAGGGCAUUGCAUAGAUCCGAAGGAUUGCCCCUGUACUUAUAGGAGCAAGGAAUAUAAACCUGGCGACACGAUACCAAACGACUGUAACUCUUGCACUUGCCUGGGUGGGGAAUGGAAGUGCACUGAAGUGAAAUGUGGUUCCCGUUGCGCCGCCGUUGGAGACCCCCACUACUCGACAUUCGAUGGUCGCCGCUACGACUUCAUGGGCAAGUGCUCCUACUACCUGGUUCAGGGAGACGACUUCAGCAUCGAGACAGAGAACACGCCCUGUGCUGGGGCCGUGUCUGAGAGCAUGAACUUCCCCGCCUCGGUGGUGGGGCAGUUCCCCUCCUGCACCAAGUCGGUCACCAUCAGGCUGGAGGGCACCGUCAUCCUGCUGAAGCAGGAGCGGGAGGUGACAGUCAACGGCGUCGAGCUGCAGGAACUUCCCACCUGGAUCCGUGGAGUUUACAUCAAGAAGGUCUCCAGUCUGUUCAUUAUGGUGGAAUUACAAAACGGUCUGAACGUGUGGUGGGAUGGUCAGACGAGAGUCUACGUCGACGCUCCAGCCGAGUUCCGAGGCCUGACUGGUGGUCUGUGCGGUACGUUCACAGAUAACCAAAGGGAUGACUUCUUAACUCCCGAAGGAGACGUCGAGCAGAAUGCCGUGGCGUUUGCUAACAAAUGGAAGACGUCCGAGAAAUGCCCAGACCAGCCAAUAACUGAAGAAACCCGCCCCUGCGACCGCCAUGUUCAGAACAAGGCUGUUGCUGAAAAGUAUUGCGCUCGACUCAAGUCCAGCCUCUUUGCAAGCUGUCACUUGGAGGUGGAUGUGGAACCUUACCAUCGCGACUGUCUCUACGACAUGUGCUCCUGCGAGACGAAACUUGACGGCUGUUUGUGCCCCAUUUUGGCCGCCUACAGCAAAGAGUGCGCGCGGAAGGGCAUCAUCGUCGACUGGCGAGCCGAAGUGCGCGAAUGUGGAAUCCACUGCACGGGCGGGCAGAAAUACCAGGUGUGUGGCAACAGCUGUGCCCACACCUGCAUGGAUUUGGCCAUGAACCCCGACUGCAAGAGGAAAUGCGUCGAAGGAUGCAACUGUCUCGAAGGAUUCACCCUGGACAACUCGGGCAUCUGCGUUCCGGUGACCGAGUGUCCCUGCAUUCACGAGGCCAAGGAAUACAAACCAGGUUACGAGAUGUUGCAGGAGCAGCCUGAUGGAUCCAUGAUGAUGUGCGAGUGUUUCAACGCUGGUUGGAACUGCUGGGAACCGACUGGCAACGAUUCUCUGCGGGCGAUGCCUCAAAUUACCUGUGCUGAUGAACAACACUUGGUGUACACUGACUGUAUGCCCGAUGAGGAAUUUACCUGUCAGACGAUGCAUCUUCGAGCUCCCGCGGUUGACCUGUGCAGGGCUGGAUGCAUAUGCGAACAGGGAUACGUACGAGACAGGGAUACAGGGGAAUGUAUCCGGCACAGUCAGUGCCCGUGCCACCACGGUGGGAGGUCGUACCAAGAAGGGGAAACCAUCACCGAAGAGUGUAACACCUGUACGUGUGAAGGUGGACAGUGGUUGUGCACGGACACCAUUUGCCCUGGUAUCUGCACUGCUUGGGGCGACUCGCACUACAAGACGUUCGACGGCCGCCUCUAUGAAUUCCACGGCACUUGCGACUAUUUGCUCGCUAAGGCCAAGUCCUCGAAAGCCGACUCCUUCGAAGUGACUAUUCAGAAUGUUCCUUGUGGAACGGACGGCGUCACUUGCGCCAAAUCCGUCACUCUGCGUGUUGGCAGCGGCGAUGACCAAGAGGUGGUCAAGUUCUCCAAAAAUAAACCUCCUCCAUCCCAAAACCUGACGAGGACCAUCAUCCGUGAGGCUGGAAUAUUCUUGUUUGCCGAAGUCUCUGACAUGGGCCUCGUCCUUCAGUGGGACAAGGGCACCAGAGCCUACUUGAAGCUCGACCCGUCAUGGCAGGGCAAGGUCAGAGGGCUGUGUGGCAACUACAACGGCGACGACCAAGAUGACUUCAUGACGCCAUCUGGUGGUUCGAGUGAAGUGUCUGUCAGAAUAUUUGGUGAUUCUUGGAGGCUCCAAAACUAUUGCCCGGAUAGUUAUGUCAUACAGGACACGUGCAGCCUUCAUCCCCACAGGAAGGUGUGGGCCUCAGAAAGAUGCGCGAUUUUGAAAUCUGAGGUAUUCGCUCCCUGCCAUUCAGAAGUUCCCGUCGAACAGUACGUUGAGAGGUGUGAGUUUGAUGCUUGCGGUUGCAACACAGGUGGUGACUGCGGAUGUCUGUGUACAGCCAUCGCAGCCUAUGGACACGAAUGUAAUAUCCACGGUGUUUACAUCAAGUGGCGAACUCCAAGUAUUUGUCCCAUGCAGUGCGACGAGAGUUGUGAACAUUACGAGCCCUGUAUUCCCUCGUGUCCUCACGAGACCUGUGACACUUUCCUUGACCCUUCAUCUCCCAUGUGCACGCAAGAUGCCUGUGUUGAAGGUUGCGCCAAGGAUAUAUGUCCGCCGGGGUAUGUUCACAAGAGUUCGACAGACAUGGAGUGCGUCCCUGUGGUUGACUGCGAGAGACGGUGCAAAGAAAUCGACGGGAAGGUUUACAUGGAAGGCGACAUCAUUUCUCAAGAUGAUUGUCAUACCUGCACGUGCUCGAGAAAGAAGGAGAUAUGUCGUGGAACGCCCUGUGAGACGACUCCCUUCUUGGAAACCACUCCUCGAGUCUCGACUCCUGCCACUCUGGCAACUACCCCAGCAGCUUUCCACAUGGCUUGUAAUGAUGGAUGGAGUGAGUGGGUUAGCAACGACAAGCCAGUCAUCUACAGACAGAACUCGGACUCGGAAACUGUGCCAGAAAAGAUAGAAAAGAGUAUGGCGGGUCGAGGCUGGUGCGAACAAGGCCAGAUUGUUGACAUCAAGUGUCGCAGCGUGGGAACCCACAGGCCUCACACUGAGCAGUCUGGAGUGAAAUGUAACCUUGAAAAUGGGCUGCUGUGUCAGGGUAGAAAUGAUGCAGAUGUGGAUGAAGCCUGUUGGAACUAUGAGGUUUCGUUCCUCUGUGAUUGCAGCAUUCCCACUGUCGAAACUACAACUGGUACCACACCAGUAACCCCUGCUCCCCCACCAGUAAUAUCUACUCCAGCAGUACCAUUUAUAACUGUAUCGCUGCCCAUGACGUGUGAAGGGGAGGGCUGGAGCCGCUGGUAUAAUCAACAUUUCCCAGACAGCGAUGGAGAAUUUGAAUUGUUAUCUGACAUUCGAAAAAUUGACUCUUUGUGUCCCGACCAUUACAUCAGCGAGGUAGAGUGCCGUUCUGUCAGAAGUGGUGAACCAGACUCUGUGGUAACCUGUGACAGAAAUGGUGCCCUGUGCAGAAACAGUGGUAGUCAGAAAUUCUGCGAAGAUUACGAGAUUAGGGUAAAGUGUCAGUGUGAAUGCCAAGAUGGACUUGGAAUGGAAGACAACAUGAUUCCCAAUGACAGCAUCACAGCAUCUUCUAUGAUGGAAAGAGACGACAGGCCAUAUUCAGCUCGUCUGAAUUCAAAAUGGGCUUGGACGGCUAAGGAAGUAGAUGAAUUCAAUACUGAAGCGAUCCAGUCUGAGUGGUUACAGGUGGAUUUAGGAGACGUCAAGGAAGUGACAGGAGUGGUGACACAGGGCCAUCCUUACUAUGAUCAGUAUGUGCAACGAUUUGCGGUUCAGGUCUCCGAGACUGGAGCUUCUUGGGAAUCUGUCAGCGAAGAGGGCUCUUCAUAUGCCAAGCAAUUCAGUGGCAACAAUGAUCGUAAUACUCCAGUGACGAAUUUAUUCCCCAAGCCUCUGUUUGCCCGAUAUCUGAGGGUUAUUCCAAUGAGCUUCCACUCUGCGAUAUCUCUCAGACUUGAAAUUACUGGAUGUAAUAUUACAAAGGAAACAACACUACCUUUCGAAGGGAUAACCACUCCAUUCGUCAGGGAAAUUGUUGUGCCAGAAUGCAAACACGGAUGGACAGACUGGAUGAACACACACACUCCAAGACCUGAUGACUGGGAUGACAAAGAUGAUUUGCACACACUGUGGCCCCAAUAUCAGUUUUGUUCUGUGGAGCACAUAAAGGAGAUACAAUGCCAAGUGGUUGGACUUGGUCUGAGCUACCAAGACGCUGGUCAGGUGGGAAUUGUUUGCAACAUCAACAAUGGUUUGCAGUGCAAUGACGAACUACAGGCUCCACAGCAUUGCUUUGAUUACGAAGUUCGAUUCUUCUGCGACUGUGGACUGACGACUUCCACCAUGUCUCCCUUCUCUUCAACGGCUGUUUAUACCACGACGCCCGCCCCUAUCCUGCCCUGCACCAGAUUCGACGAGCAUUAUAAACAGCAUGAGGACUGCCGUAAAUUCUACGAAUGUGUGAGCGUCUCUGAGUUUGAAAAAGCUUAUAUCGAAAAGGAAUGCGGACCCGGAACCUAUUACCAUCCACUCACGAGGACUUGUGAUUUUGAGUAUAACGUUAUGAAGAUCAGGAAGGACUGUGUUAAAAAACCACCACCCAUGUAUGUGUCGACAGUUCCUUCCAUUACCACCCAGAAACCAACCUGCUUUGGUGACUACUGGACCGAGUGGUUCAAUGUGAGCCAUCCGCUGGACGAUGGUGGAGACUACGAGAGCUUUGACAAGAUCCGCGAGAUGGGCUUUGAGAUCUGUGACAGCAUGUACAUCAAGGACAUUCAGUGCGAGGCAAAUAAGGAGACAAAGAGUGAAGCAUUUACAUCCUCGAAAGGAAGCGCCAAAGGUGGGGGGAGGAAGGGAGGCCGCAAAGGAAGUCGCCCGGAGCCCGCCCGGUACUCCUAUGAACGCACCGACUACAAACGUACUGGGGACAUCGAUGUUCUGUGUAACACUGAGGUGGGACUCCAGUGCGACAAUUUCAUGCAGUAUGCAGGAGAUGGACAGUGUCAAGAUUAUGCUAUUAGAGUUUUGUGUUCUUGUGAGGCAACAAUGGAAACUACCAUUGGCAUAAGCCCAACAACGCCGUACGUUGACAUCAGGGGGUCAACAGUCAUUACCACUCCAUAUCCAGUAGUCCCAGUUUGCCCUCCAACGAAGACUCUCAUAGAAAAUGCAGUGCCCUGUGAAAAUGUUUGUGGAUAUCACCGAACGAAACUUAUGAAGAAUAAGGAAUGUCAGCGAUAUGAUCAGUAUGCAAGUGCAUGUACCAAGUGCCCCCCAGGCCAGUAUCUGAGGGACAGCACAACUUGCGUUCCUCGUGAAGACUGUAACUGCAUGCUGGAGAACGGAAUGUCUGCUCCACCUGGCCGUGUCUUCCGCAUGAGUGACUGUGAGGUAUGCCAAUGCAGCGAUAAUAUUUUGGUGUGUUCAUUCAUCUGUACCCCGACAACACCAGAACCUGUGAAUGCUACCGAAACUCCUACUUUCAAAUGUGGAGAGUGGAGCUCGUGGGUGAGCGGAGAACCAUCCGAAGAGGCAAAAGACUUGGUCACCUCUGUCCGUGAAAAGCAUCCCGAUAUGUGCAAAUACCCACAUAAAAUCGAAUGCCGCAAGAAAACCAGAGGAACAUUGUCAAGCUUCUUGCCAUUUGACCUUACUAUCGAUGAAGGGGAGAAAAUCGCCUGUGACAGGAAAUGUGUCAAAAAUCCUCAGACUCCAGGAUGUGAAGACAUGGAAGUUCGUUUUGUUUGUUAUUGUGAUGAAUUCCAAGUUUCAUUGGAAGGUUUGCUGACACCACCACCACCUGCACCUGGUCUCUUAACAACUUUGCCAUCUAAUGUUUCAGUAGAAAGCACAACAUAUAUAGGAGAGUUCCCAACUAAUGUGACCAGUGAAUAUCCUCCUUUGAAUGAUGUUUGUGUUGGUGCAUCUGAGUACAAACAGUGCGCCAUUAGGUGUGACAGGGUCUGUGUGUACUACUUGGCCAUUCUAAAAGCAAAUGGCUACUGUCUGCUGGAAGAUGACUGUGCUCCUGGAUGUGUGGAGAAAGGUAAAACUUCGGCUUGCCCUGACUCGUUCUACAUGUUCAACGAGAGUCGGUGUGUAGCAAUUGCUGAUUGCAAUUGCAGAUUGCCUAAUGGAGUUGCUGUACCUCCUGGGGAGUGGAUGGAAGUGUCUGAGUGUGAGAAUUGUAUGUGUCAGAACAACUUUUUGCUUUGCAACACCAAACCAGAAUGUGCUGAAACAACAAUUGAACCAGAGGUUGCAGUGUCCUUCUUACCAACGGUUGCAGUUCCUCUACCUGAAACAACCACUAUCAAUAUCAAUGACUGGAUAAGUAGUUUGAUUAAAUGUAACUACUGGACCCCAUUCUACCGUGCCCAAGAACGGAAUGAGGAAGGCUUGGCCAUUUCACCAGCUGAUAUCAGUUCACUUUCCCCAUUCACCUGCGAUAAGCUCACCAAUGCUACCUGCAGAGAGGUUUCAACUAAUAUUCCAGCCGAAAAUCUUGCCCAGACAUUAGUGUGUGAUCCCAAGGAAGGGCUUAAGUGUCGCAAUCUAGACAAUGACGAAGAUUGCUACAACUACGAGAUCGCUUUCUUCUGCUAUUGCGAAGAGGAACAGGUGACAACAGUUUCUCCUCCAACUACAACAGUGGGAUCCACAACUACUUUGGCAGCAUGUGAUGCUUGGUCUCCUUGGAUCAAUGAAAGAAAGCCAUGGCAGGGAGAUGGUGACACAGAAUACAAAACUUUGCAACAGUUACGAGAAGAAAGAGGCUUCUGCUUAGAGGGACACCUGGCAGACAUACAAUGCGUUGAAGCUGCUAGUGGCAAUGCGCCAAGUGAUGAGGGUGUCUCAUGUGAUGUCCGUUUUGGAUUCCGCUGUGCUAAUUCUGCCCAGUCUAGACGUACCUGUCUAGAUUAUAAAAUCAGAUACUAUUGCUCUUGCGAAGCUACCACAGUUACUACCGUCAUUCUGCCUACUUUCUUCACUCCACCUCCUACGUGUGACCCUGAUAAAUACAUAAACUUACUGGACAAUGUUGAGGACUCUGCCUUCACUAGCACACCAGCACGAAACCACAUGUAUGGACCAUCCAGUGCAAGACUAUAUAGAGAUGAUGGUUCUUUAACGACCGCGGGUUGGUCACCUUACUCUACGGACCGGCAGCAGUACGUACAGGUUGACCUGGGAUCAGUUGUUCCUGUUUAUGGUGUUGAGGUUGCAGGCAAUCCUCUUACAAGGGAACGAGUUACAAGCUACUUUGUUCAGACCUCUCAAGAUGAGACCACCUGGAGCUUUGUUCCAGAAGAUGCAACCAACCCAUCCAGUGAACCUAAAGCUUUCAGUGGGCCAGUUGUUGCCUCUCAACCAUUGCGUCAGAUAUUUGAUGAACCUAUUGAGGCACGAUAUGUUAAAAUUAUGCCAAAUCAGUGGCAGAAAGCCAUUGCAAUAAGACUGGAAGUCAUAGGGUGCGAGCUGCCAACAACUCCUCCUCCAGUGACUACUACAGAAGCCCCCAUCUGUGAAGACCCUAUGGGACUCGAAAAUGGUGAGAUGUCCCCGAACCAAAUUGUGGUGUCGUCUGUUCUGGAUGACAGAGAAAGUUACUAUGGGAAAGCAACCUUCCUUCCCCUGAACAGCAAGGCAUCCUUUGUAGCAUCUGCUGGAGCUUGGGUUGCAAAGCCAACUGAUCAGUACGUUAGGUUUAAUUUCUUGGAGCCAAGUAAGAUUUCUGGCAUCCUCACACAAGGACGUUCAGACAGUGAUGACUGGGUCGAAUCUUUCACUGUUCGUUAUUCUCCAGAUGGAAAGACAUGGAAUAGCAUUCUCAAUCCAGAUGGAUCCGAAAAGGUAUUCCCUGGCAAUUAUGAUCGAGAUUCUGUAGUGAAGACAAAGUUCGACAGAGUUAUUCAAGCACAGUUUUUGGAAAUUAGACCCAAGACUUGGAAGAACAAUAUUGCCAUGAGAGCUGAGGUUUUGGGUUGUUUCCAUCCUUAUCCGGAGGAAUAAACAACUACUGAAGCUCCAUUCACCACCACCUUGAUUCCUCCACCACCUUACUGCGACGCUUGUCCUGGUUUGCCAGAAGAGUUUUAUGAUCGCUGUAAUCCAUCCAGUGGAACAUUCUUUGAUGGAAAGUUCUGCGUAGCAAAAGCAAUGUGCCCAUGUUAUGAGGAUGGCAUUAGGUAUGAAACUGGUUCAUUAUUUGAGUCCAGAGACUGUAAAGUGUGUGAAUGUAUAAUUGGAGGAGAGGGAGAGGCAAAAUGUCAAGAAAAGAAGUGUCCACCAUGCAAGGAUGAAAAUGAAUAUAGCGUUGUAACAUCUCUGUGCACAUGUAUUUGUAAGACUUGCCCAGAAGGUACCAAGUUAUGCCCUUCAAGUAAUUAUUGCCUGAAUGAGACUAACUGGUGUAAUGGUAUCGAAGACUGUCCUGAUGACGAAGUGGAUUGUCCUCCUCCCCAACGCCUGAGAAGUCAUCUAGGCGGGGGCGGGAUCAUCAAGGGCGGCGGCGGCAGGGGCAGCAGCGGCAGCAGGGGCAGCGGCAGCGGCAGCAGGGGCGGCGGCAGCAGGGGCGGCGGCGGCAGCAGGGGCGGCGGCAGCAGGGGCGUUGGCAGCAGAGGCGGCGGCAGCAGGGGCGGCGGCGGCAGCAGCGGUAGGAGCAGGACGACCGAACCUGAAGUACCGUUAUGUGCAGAAGGUGAAACUGUCUAUGCAACGACGGAUGUGAAUGAUCCUUGCCCCAAGUUUGGAUGCAAGUCUCCUGGUGUCCCAAGUGAAGUUCGUGAUGACCAGUUUACUUGUGAGGUAGUUGGAAGGACAAUCAACUCCUUUGAUGGAUCAAGUUACCAGUUAGAACUAUGCAAUCACAUUCUUGCACAGGAAAAGAAUAACAAAGAUUGGGUUAUUUCUAUUCACCGUAACUGCUCACAUGACAAGACCUGUGACCGCUACCUGAAAAUAACGCAGAAAGGACAGCAAAUGAUACUCAAGCCAGACCUUACAAUCAUCUAUAAUGAUAAAUCAUACACAGCAUCACAGACACAGCGCAUUGGUACCACUACAAAGAACUUCACAAUAUCUCGUGUUGGGGACAACUUGUAUUACGAAUCAAAAGUUCACAACAUUGCCAUUGAAUGGAAUCAUGAAAUGAAUGUCAAAAUUGAGGCGGGACAAGAUCUGAAGAACAAUGUGGUUGGAAUGUGUGGUUUCUACACAGGCAGUGCAAAUGAUGACAAAACUAAACCUGACGGAAAGCUUGCCACUUCUAUCACAGAUUUUGGCAAAUCUUGGUCUAUGGAUGGUGAUACAUGUGAGCCACCCAAGUGCAAUUCCUCAGAAACUACUAAAGCUUUCAAAUUGUGCAACAUGGUUCAAUCUAAACCAUUUACUGAAUGUCAUAAUGCUGUCAAUACAUCUCCAUUCCUGAAAACUUGUGUUGAUGAAGUUUGCCAGUGUCUGCAGAAAGGAAAUAAUGAAGAUGAGUGCCGCUGCCAAGCUUUGAACCGUUACAUUACUUCAUGUCUUGAAAAAAAUCCAGAUGCUCAACUAUCCGACUGGCGAGUUGUUGCCAAGUGCUAUAAGAAAUGUGAACCCGGAGAAGUAUAUCAUGACUGUUUCCGUGGAAAGUGUGAAAGGAGUUGUGAAAACCUACAUGAUAAGGAAGCUUGUGUUGAAAGGGAGAGUUCAUGCACUUCUGGUUGCUUCUGUGCUCCUGGAUUAGUAAGGAAGGGAAACAAGUGUGUUAGUCCCGAUAUGUGUCGUGACUGCGUUUGCGAAGCUUAUGGUGAUCCUCAUUACAAAAGCUUUGAUCGUUACAACUUCACAUUCAAUGGAGAAUGUUCUUAUGUUGCAGCAAGAGACAAGAAUAUCAGAGGCCAACAUGCAUUCCAGGUCAUUGCUCAUAACAAGGACUGCUCCAGAGUUCCAGUUACAGUCUGCACUGAGGCCAUCACAGUCUUGUAUGAUUCUCAUAACCUUCAUAUUGGUGGUGACAAUGGGAAAACAUCUGUUACGAUCGAUGGAAAACGCAUUCUGACUUUCCCUCAUAGGGAGUUAUGGCUUGCUUUGGAACAACCAGAUCUCUCUCAGGUGAUGGCUUCCAUUCCAGAAAUAGAAUUGGAAAUUACAUUCUUUGAAGAGAAUCAUGGCUUCUCUAUAAAAAUUCCAUCACAGCUCUACUUCAAUAAGACUGAGGGCCUUUGUGGCAACUGUAAUUAUGAUGAUACGGAUGAUUUGUUUGCACAAGAUAAGGGAUUAGUCAAGUCAGUGGAAGAGUUUGGCCGCAGCUGGUUAAAUGAAGGAGAAUCUCGGUCAUGUGGCGUCAUAAACAAAAAGGAACAGGCCUGCAUUCCUCCACCACCAGAUAGAGACCCUUGUCUCAAGCUGAUGAAUGAAGAUAUCUUUGGAGAGUGCCAUCCAAUUGAGGAUCCUGCAGCUUACAUAUCAGCUUGUCAACUGGAUUCUUGCAAUAGUCUUGACCCAGCUGAAGUUGCAUGUCAUAGCAUUGAAGCUUAUGCUAGACGAUGUACUGAAUUUGAUGUUUGCUUAGACUGGCGUUCUGAAGAUCUCUGCCCAAAAACAUGUCCAGAAGGUCUUGAAUAUCAACAGUGUGGCCCAGGAUGUGUACGUACCUGUGAUAACUAUGAGGAGCUUGACAAGCGUCCAGAAUCUUGCCCCAUAUCUCCAGUGGAUGGUUGUUUCUGUCCGGAUGAUAUGGUUUUAGAUAAAGGUAUUUGUGUUAACACCACCUACUGUACUACAUGUGAUGAUGAAGGUCACAGAGUGGGUGAUGUUUGGAAAACUGACCCAUGCACCACUUGUCAGUGCAAUGAACAUGGCAGCACUUGUAGUACGAGGACUUGUCCUGAAGAUCCAAUCUGUGAUGAAGGAUAUAUUAUUGCAGAGAUACCAGACACAGGUGAUGAAUGUUGUGGGCCAAGAAAGAAAUGUAAGGUGAGACCUGUAGAAAACUGCACAACUCCAUCUGAACCUGAAUCUAAUUGUGGCUAUGGAAAGGUGUCUCAGUUGAUUGAAGCUCCUGGUAAAUGCCCACAGUAUGCAUGUGUCUGUCUUAACCCAGAAGACUGCCCUAAAGUUACUAAGCCAGAAGGUGACCCCAAUCCAGGUGAAGAAUGGGUUUUGGAUGAAAGUGGAUGUUGUGCCCAUUAUGUGACAAAAUGCAAUGGGGUCUGUCCUGAAGAGGAGUGUCCCGAGUUCUACAUUCGCAAGGAACAACCAUUAAAGGAAGGUCAAUGUUGCCCCGAAAUAACCUGUGAAAUACCCAAGGAUGCUUGUAUAUAUGAGAAUCGCUUUGAGGUCACUCCAUUUGGUCUCCAGAGAGAACUGACAGAUGAGGAAGAACCAGAAAAGAAACUAUAUAAGAUUGGUGAAUCUUGGGAAGAUGGCCUGUGUUUGAAGUGCAAGUGCACUUUGGGUAGUAAAGGAGCUGUACAUCAUCAGUGUAGUGAGCAAACUUGCACCACCCUGAAUGAUCAUCCAGAUAAAGGAAACUAUCAGUUAGAUAUGGUUGAAGUGGCUGGACAGUGCUGCCCCUCCAUUGUUAGGACAGCAUGUAUUGAUGACUUUGAAGUCAUAGAGGUGGGAAGCCGACUGGAAGACCCUGUAAAUGGAUGCCGAAGUGUGGAAUGUGUCAAGACCCCUGAGGGUAAGGUUGAAAAAAUAGAGCAGAUCUUUUCAUGUGAUGAGUCAUGUUCUCUUGGAUGGGUCUACGAACCCUCACCACUCUAUCCACAGCAGUGCUGCGGCACAUGUGUCCAGGUUGGUUGUGUAAUGGAUGAUGAAGUUAAAGAAGUUGGAGAAAUAUGGCUGUCAACUGAUUUGUGCACAACUUACACAUGUGCCAGAGAUAGCAAGAAUAAUCAAAUACAAAUUCAAGCAGUUGAAGAGAAAUGUGAAAAGCCAAGUGCAGAAGAUAAGCUCUUAUAUGUUUAUGUGGAAGACAAGGAUCCCAAUCGCUGUUGUUCAGUAUAUACCAAAACUGCGUGCUUGAUGGGCAGUGUGCCUCUACAGGCAGGUGACACUAUGCAGGACCCUCAUGAUAGCUGUACCAGCAUCAACUGUGAAUUAGCCUCUGAUGGAAAUGUUACCCGAAAAGAAAGAGAAAUAACAUGUGAUAUGAAAUGUUCGCUUGGACAAACUUACAUACCCCCCACACCUGACAGCAAAGAAUGUUGUGGAAAAUGUGUACAAACACAUUGUGUUGAUGAUGGAAUUGCACAUUCCAUUGGGGAACAGUGGGACUCUGAUGGAGACAAGUGUUACGAAUACAGUUGUGAAACUAGGAAUGAUGUCUUGACUACUGUGGCCUUCAAAAAGGACUGCCCAUAUUUUGAUCCAGAAUGUCCCGAAGAAGAAAUUUACAUGGAUGAAGAAGGUUGCUGCCAGUUAUGCAAAGUAAAAAGACCAGUAAAGAGUGACUGCAAGCCCAAUGCCUUGAGUCCUGAAGAGACUGUUGGCACCUUUAUGCUGAAAGCUCGUGGAGUUGGUACCUGCAAGAAUCCAAACCCUAUCAGUGGUCUUAAUCAGUGUUCAGGACACUGCGAUUCCUUCACUGCUCCUGUCAACCAAGGUGGAAGGCGUUCAAGCUACAUUUCCACGUGCUUCUGCUGCAAACCUGCAAAGUUUGAGAAGAUUUUGGUGGAAAUGGUCUGUGACAAUGGCUACAAGUUUACCAGAGCUUAUGAUAACAUAGCCGAGUGUGAGUGCUUAAGAUGUGAGGACAGCAUACCAGAGUACCAAGGCGAUGAUCCUUCAGCCAGUUUUGAAGAUUCAGAUUUGAUAUCUUUGAAUGGAACUUAAAAUCUCUGUACUUUGUUACACUAACCAGUAGUAGGUUUCAGGCAUCUCUAAGGGAAGGGAAAAUCCUUCCUCUCACAUGAACUCAAUGUUGUAUUUCCCAAAAGAAGAUGGCAAAAAGCAGGUAGUAUCUGAACAAAAACAUCCUGUAAGGAGCAGGGCUACAUACACAACUUGAUACAUGCCACUUUGUAUCAGAUAUGUAUUAUUCAAACAAUAAUUUUCCCUUAUGAACAAAAUGCAACUUAUUAAAAAUUUAAAAGAACAGAACAAAUUCAUCACAAAUACAGGAUGUAUAGCUUGAUUUUAAAGAUUUCUCAUAUCUCUUGACCACAAACUUAUACAAGUACACAAGUUGAAGAGAUGUAUGAUUGCAUGACGUAAAUAAAUUUAUUUUCAUCAUAUCCUUUAUACAUGUACUGUAAUUGGUAAAAUUUAAAAAAGUCUGCAAUGAACGUCCAAACAACACUCAACAAGAAAGAUAUUUACUGCAUCAGAGCAAUCCAUUCAAAUUUUUAGCAGUACUAAAUGAAAAUGAAGUACAUAGUACAAUUUGUGGGGAAGUAUUAUUUAGGUACUAAUUACUUUUUAAGUAUACUGUACUAUUAUGUUAUCGUGAAAUCACUCCUCCUUAAAAGUAAAAUAUGGCUUCUGUAAGAAAUGUUUUUCUUGAUAAUUGCUUGUCUAAUUUUGGCAUUAUAAAUUUUGUCUAUUAUAAGUUAAAAGUUAUUCUCAGCAAAGCAUCCCUUUUCUGGAUACAUAACUGAUUACAGCAAUUAAGGUAGGAAGUCUUGAGGAGAAGGGAACAUUGCAUGAGUAAAAUCACUGCCCCUUUUUGAUCUUAUAAAACUAAAAUCGUUAAUAUUAAUUUAAACUAUGUUAAACAUCAGCUAAUGGAUGGGUAACUGCCUUGGAACAUCAGACGCUGUUUAUCUGAAGCUUGCAUAUAUAUAGGAACAGUUGAAGUCUGAAAGGACAUCUGGCCAUAAAGCAUCUGCCAAAACAAAUUAUGGAAUGAGCCAUCUGAAACACAGACCCAGGCUAAUGAUUAAGCUGAACAAAAGAAUGCUAACAAUAAUUUGCAACACAAAGUAUUUGCAUUGUAAUUGAUCUUAAUGCAGGUAAAGAGAAGUCAGAAUUAUUAUCCACUACAAAAUUCACCUUAAUAUUUGAGACUGAGAGCUAACUACAGUAAAUUCAUGUUUAUAUUCAGGAAUCAUCACACUUAUUUUAUUGUGCAAUAAAAAAAUAAAUUCACUGUAACAAUAAAUCCUACAAAAUAAUGUUACAAAUUUUAACUACAGUGAUUAAAAGUUCUACACUCCUGCCCAUGUUCAUAAUUACAAAUAUAAAAACAAUUCUUGGCAACAGCUUAAUAUAAUUCUUGUAGGAAGUUGUGGAAUGUAUUUUUUUUAUUUUUUGUACAUCAACUAAAGCUUUUAAAUACUUGUAAUCAUCAGAACUAAGGUUUUUAACCUUUCCCUUUGUCCACACAGCUCGCUUUUCAUCCCGUAAAGUGCAUUCAAUUGAUAAGAUUGUAUGUUAGUUGUGGGUGUAUGUAUUUAUAUGGAUAUGUGUUCUUACGAGUGAAAAUGAUUGUCUACGAGGAUGGAAAGUCUAUGUCCCUUUAAAAAAAAUUGCUUGAAGUAGAGCUUUUCCCCAACAAUAUUGUAAAAUGGUGUCUUUAUCACAUUAAAAUAUCAAAAGUACACUUAACCCCAUCCAUAUAGAAACCAAACAAAAUUUUAAACUGUUUCCUGAUAUGUAUUUCACUGUAGAAAUAAUUCUUUUUUUAUGCAAGUGCUUUACUGGCACUUGUUUUAACAAUACAGUUACCUCCUUUUAAACUUCACUAUGAAACUACCACUAUCAAAACCUAGAUGUGUAGUAAGGGCAAAAUUUAUAUAACUGUUUCUCUCAGAACCAAACCGCUCAAUUCUGUAAUUACAACUUAGCCUUUUACAUAAUAUAUGCUCCUUAAAUAUUGUACAUGUACAGUAAUUACAUCAGUUUUAAAAAUGCAGUUCAGAACACUUGAAAUUUCUGGCAGAUCUAAACAAAUGUAAAAUGGAAAGCAAGUUGCGAGAAAUCUUCUCAUCCUGAAAACUGUUUUGGGAAACAUUUGAACACGACAGUUAAUUCAGAUACAUUAUACGGGAACUAUUUGAGUCUCUAAUGUCAAAAUGUUUCAUUGGAUGAUGAUGUGAUCUUGAAAUAGUCAUUUACAAUGGUUAAAAAUGUGAUUUACAUUUUCUUAUUGAUUUAAAGACAAACUCUGAGUACAUGUAAGAGGAAAUAUACUGGUAGGCAAUGCUGUUAUCUCGUUGCAGAAAGUAAAAAUGUUUUGUUGUUGACGACAUGGCUUUUACAUGAAAGCAAUUCUUUUCUACGAUGGAUUUACUGAUGACGACCCAUAUUAUAAAGGCCAAUAUUGACAAAUGAUUGAUCUUCUGAUGACGACCCUAUUUUUAAAGGCAAUUCUCCAUUGUAUAUAGUUAGAUUUAGAGAUCCUGCAAUACAAGAAAAAUACAAAAAAAAUGAUUGAGCAUUCAAAAAAGUACAAAAAAAUUUCAUGGAUGCCAAGGAGUGCUUGGGCCAAUAAAAGGAACUUUAAUUAGAAA